CUUCCUAUUAAACUGAACCUAAUUGUUGCUGGCUGCCUUACAGAUGCUGACAACUAGACUAGAGACUAGGUGCUGCUUUCUGAAUGGGUUUCAGUGCAUUUAGGAGGAUCAGCAGAGCUCAACUUGGCUGAACAGAAGGGAAGAAAACCCAUAACAAAUGGAGCUUGGCAGUGUUUUAAGGAAGGGUUUGUGUAUUAUUUAGGCUUUAAUUGGCUCUUGCUUGCUUUAAUAUCCUGUACAAUGUAUUGGCAAUUAAUCUUUCAUGAGCCCUAGCCAUUCUGGCUUGUUUAGAGUCGGAAUUUAGACCAUAGUGUUAAUGACUUCUUAAGUCAGUGUGAGCUUGACGUGAACAGCAGCCUGGCUGGAUGAGGUGGCAGAGAGGAAUGUAUUCUUAACCCUUAUAAAGUAUUUUUAUGAUCUUUGGAUUUGGACAUUUUCUUGUUUUUAGACUUACCUUUCUUAUUCUUGUUCUUAUCUCCUAUAGUCCUCAUUUAUUUCUCUUUAGAUUUGUCUGUAUCCUUGGACUUAUUCUUAUCUUUAGACUUGCUCUUGUUCUUAGAUUUAUUCUUGUCUUUUGAAUUAUUCUAGAAUUUUUCAAUAAGGAGUAA